AUGGAUCCUAUUCGAGCGGAAGCUAUUCACAACGAGAGACAUGUUAAGGUAGUCUGCGUGGGUGCAGGUGCCUCGGGAUUGUGUCUGGCAUACAAGCUGCAGAGGUCGUUCCAGAACUAUGACCUGACUAUCUACGAGAAGAAUCCUGAGAUUUCGGGAACCUGGUAUGAAAAUCGCUACCCAGGAUGCGCUUGUGAUGUCCCUUCGCACAACUAUGUCUACUCGUUUGAACCCAAAGCAGACUGGUCAUCUGUAUACGCGGGCUCCCGCGAAAUCAGAGGAUACUUCAACGAUUUUGCCAACAAGUACGGUCUGCGGAAAUACAUCCACACUUCGCACGUCGUCACCGAAACCAACUGGAUCGAGGAAUCGGGCCAGUGGCAAGUGACGGCGACCGACUUAACAACCGGUCACACAGUACAUGACUGGUGUCACAUCCUGAUUCAUGCGACGGGCUAUCUCAAUAAGCCUGCCUGGCCCGAGAUUCCGGGAUUGGCCGAUUUCAAGGGCACCAAGCUACACAGUGCGAUGUACGAUGAGAGCGUGUCGCUUGAAGGGAAGAAUGUUCUGUUGAUCGGUGCGGGCUCAUCGGCUGUUCAGAUUCUCCCUGCGAUUCAACCUAUUGUUAACAGAGUAAAAAUCUUUAUCCGCUCGCCGACGUGGCUGCUGCCCGACAUUAGCACGGAGGCAGGCAAGUUCCCCGAGGAGCAGAUUGAGCAUUUUGUGAACAAUCCGGAGAGCGUGACAGCGCUGCGCAAGGAUAAUGAACGGACUAUGAACAGUAUCUUCAGAACAGCUAUGUAUCUCAAGGAUACUGUCCUUCAGGAGCAGGCAAAAGGUCUCCUGACAUCUGUGAUGAAGAACGCCUUUCAAGAUCAGGAAAUGGAAGAUCGUUUGAUACCGAACUUCUCUGUGGGCUGCAAGCGUGUGGUACCAUCGGGCUUCAGGUAUCUGAAUACUCUCAAAAAAGAGAAUGUCGACGUGGUCUACGGUGGUGUGACUGCGGUAACACCAUCUGGCUGCGUAAGCGAAGACGGGAAUGAGCAUCAAGGCGACAUUAUCAUCUGUGCCACCGGGUUUGACACCUCCUACAUUCCACGCUACCCUGUCAUUGGACCCAAUGGCCGCAACCUGCAGACAGAAUGGGCCGAGUCUAUCAUGGGUUAUAUGGGAAUCGGUAUCUCUGAGUUCCCCAACACGUUCACCAUGCUUGGCCCUUACACACCCGUUUCCAAUGGCCCUACAAUGGUUGCGAUUGAAGCUCAAGCAGACUACAUCUGCUCCUUUAUUGACCGUUACCAGACGGAGCCCAUCCAUAGCAUGGCACUCAAGGGGGAUGUCUGCGCUGAGUUCAAGGAGCAUGUCGGUUCAUUCAUGGAAAAGGCCGUCUGGACGGAUAAUUGCCGCAACUCCCACAACAACCAUACCAUCGGCGGUCGCGUUCCCACGACUUGGCCUGGAAGCACUUUACACUAUCUUGAGGCAAUGAGAGAGCCACGUGCUGAUGACUGGGAUAUUAAGUACAAGGGCAACCGUUUCUCCUGGUUGGGCAUUGGUGUUUCCCAGACGGAGUGGGAUCCAACUGCUGAUCUGGGAUAUUAUAUCCGUCAAUCGGAUGACGGACCCUGGCACAGUCGGCGCAAGCGGAAUUUGGUCAUUGCUAAAACAGGAAGCAUGGCUCCACGUCCUCUUCAUAGACAACCCAAGCUUGCUGCCAAAGAAAAAGCCCAAAGUAUCAAAGCCGAUGUGUCAGAGCAGAUGCCGAGAGCUCAGGCAGAGCCGGUGUCUGAAGCGACGGCGUGA